AUGGCUGAGUCAGGAGAUAUGCUUGAUGGGGUCCAGGAGGGGGGUGGGGGGGAUGAUGAUGGGAAAGCGACGUUGAGGAAUGGUGGAAGGAGUGUCUUGAAGAAGACGAGCGGAAGACGACAGAGAGGGAAGAGUGAAUGGGAUCCUCUAGCAUUUAUAUAUGAGGCCAACUCGACUGUUUAUGCCCAAUGUUCAGGAUCAGAUUCAGGGAAUGGGAAAGGGGAGGGGAGUCUGGAGGGUGGAAGCCAGCAGAAAGACCGUCUAGGAAGUUGGGAUGGAGGGAACAGGUGGGAGGAUUUUUCGGGAUGGAGGGAACUGGAGCUGAUGGGGGGAAAGGUUCGAAAACGCUGGCAGAAGUCCUCUUCUUAUACCCUCAAUCAAGUGCGGAAACAAUCUCAUGUCAUCAAAAGCAACACUCAGUCGACCAAGCCUGAACUGGCCUAG